AUGGUCGCGCUCUCGCUCCUGGCCGUCUCGCUCCUGGCCCUCAACCCCGUCAGCGCCCUGUGGCCUGAACCAACCAAUGUCACCACCGGCACUCAGACUUUGUUCAUCAACGAAGACAUCCGGGUGACUUACAACGGACAGCCGAUUGUAUACACCGCCGGAUAUGAGCCCUCGACACUCACCAGCCACGACAUUGUCCAGGGUGGCGUAUCGCGCGCAUUGGACACCAUCUUCCAGGAUGGCCUGUACCCAUGGAAGUUCCAUUUGCGCAAUGAAACCGACUGGGAGCCGAGCCUCUUCAGCCUGAAAUGGGUGAAUUCGCUCAAAAUUACUCAGACGGCGUUCGACAACACGACCACUUUCAAGCCCUUGGCCGGCCAGGUCGACGAAUCUUACGAGCUGACUGUUGACACCAAUGGCCAGGCUGAGAUUACUGCUGUUUCGUCAAUUGGAGUCUUGCGUGCUCUGGAGACCUUCACCCAGCUCUUCUACACCUACUCCUCCAACAAUUUUUACUACACUCCUUUCGUGCCUGUGAGCAUUCAAGAUAAGCCCGUGAAAAGUCACCGUGGUAUCAUGCUUGACACUUCUCGAAACUACUACAGUGUCGCUGCUAUCCUCCGCACCAUUGACGGCUGCGCAGCAAGCAAGCUGAACGUCUUGCAUCUGCACGUCACUGACGCACAGUCUUGGCCACUCGAAAUUGAGGCCCUCCCCGAGCUGUCCGCCAAGGGUGCCUACCGUCCCGAUUAUGUCUACACCCCGGCCGAUAUCGUGAAGAUCCAGCUCUACGGUGCCGUCCGAGGUGUUCAAGUCAUUCUUGAAAUUGACCAACCCGAGCACACUGCUGCCAUUGGCUGGGCAUACCCCGAGCUGCUUACUGCCUACAACUACGAGCCAUACACCUGGUACUGCGCCGAGCCCCCUUGUGGCUCGCUGAGACUCAACGACUCCGCCGUUGACACCUUCAUGGACACCGUUAUGGGUGAAAUCACCAAGCGUGUCUACCCGUACACCGCUUACUUCCACGUCGGAGGUGACGAGGUCACCGCCAACGAUACCCUUGUCGACCCCUCCGUUGGUACCAACGCGACCGACGUCAUUGAGGAAUUGCUCCAGAUUUACACCGACAAGAGCUUCGCUCGUGUCCGCGGUGCCGGCUUGACCCCCAUGGUCUGGGAGGAAAUCCCACUUGACUGGAACGUCACCCUUGGCAGUGAUGUCGUUGUGCAGUCUUGGUUGGGAGUAUCCUCCGUCGAGAGUUUGACUAAUCUCGGAUACAAGGUCAUUGACAGCAACUACAACUUCUUGUACCUCGACUGCGGCCGUGGCCAAUGGGUCACCUUCCAACCCGGCGAGAGCUACACCUCUGACGCACCCUACAAUGACUGGUGCUCUCCCACCAAGAGCUGGGAGCUCAUCUACUCGUACCGCCCAUCUGCAAACCUGACCGCUGAACAGGCCAACCUCGUCAUCGGAUCCGAGGUCGCCAUCUGGAGUGAGACCAUCGAUGAAGUGACCCUCGAUACCCUCGCCUGGCCUCGCGCCAGUGUCAUGGGCGAGGUCCUCUGGACCGGCGAACUGAGCGAAGAAGGAUCCAGCGGAACUCGUGACCAGACCACUGCCGCGCCACGUCUCAACGAGCUCCGUGAGCGUCUGCUUGCGCGUGGUAUCAAUGCUGCUUCUGUCCAGAUGCCCUUCUGUACUGAGGGCGGUGACUGUAUCCAGCCAGCCUAA